AUGAUUUCAUGCUUUACAUCAGAAGAACACGAAAGAAGAAAGAAGAUUAAUUUGGAAAUGUGCAUUAAAGACCUGCGACAACAUUUUCAAAACUUACCUCACGGGAUUCUGUGGUGUUGCUGUGAUGCAAGACGCUCCAAUGAGAAUAGCGAGACAAGACAACAAAAUCUUCAUGCUUCACUCAAUUAUCUAACUGGAAAUAUUUGGAAAUAUUUAUUCGUCAAAAGCGAUUUAGUAUUAAUCUGUUUUGUCAACACUUUAGCAUUCAAUUAA